AGAAAAAAAAUCGUAUCAGUGACUAUAAAGAAAACAUAACAAAAUGAUUUCAAACAGGGUUUUUAUAGUUGUGCUACUUUUACAUACUGCUGAAUGUUUAAGGUGCUUUUCAUGUAUGGGCUCAAGUGAAAAAGGAUGUUUGCUAAGCGAGAAGGAAAUAGAAUGCAGUUAUAAACAAAACGCUUGCGCAACACAAUUGUAUUCAUUUACUGUUAAAGGUUUGAACGGAACUACGAAAAAAGAAGUUUACAUGAAAAUGUGUCUGUCGUCAAAAAUAUCUAAUUGUGUCUCUUAUUGUAGAGCUCACAUUUCAUUACAAAGAGAGUGUCAGAUAUCGUGCUGCAUAGGCGAACUUUGCAACAAAGCACUAAAAAAGGCAGAGGUAUUUAAAAUCAUAGGUGGUAGUGUGUCAACAAACAGAUUCCAAUUUGUGGCAAAUAUUAUCACAGCUUUUAUUAUUUUUUUAAUAGUAAAUAAAUAAAAACUGUUUCUUAAA